AUGAUGGAAUGGAGGUUUGUGGAACGCAUGUUGUUGGGGCUUGGUUUUGAUGUUAGAUGGGUAAAUUUGAUCAUGUUAUGUGUACGGACAGUCAGGUACAGGGUCCUAGUCAAUGGGAAGCCUAGUGAGGAGAUCUUGCCCACGAGAGGAUUAAGACAGGGUGACCCUCUAUCACCCUAUCUUUUUAUCAUCUGUGCGGAAGGCUUGUCGUUAUUAUUGCAGGAUGCCCAAGCAAAAGGACGGAUACAUGGCUGUAGAGUGGCUCGUGGGGCCCCUCCCAUCUCUCAUCUUUUCUUUGCUGAUGACAGCCUAUUGUUCUUCAAGGCUAACAUGCAGGAAACUAUGGAAGUGAAGCGUUGUUUGGAAAUUUAUGAGCAAUACUCAGACAGGGAUGCUAUUGCUAUGGGUUUAGGGGUAGAGCAGGCAGAGGAUUUUGGAAAAUAUUUAGGGCUCCCCUCAGUUGUUGGUAGGAACAGGAAAUAUGUUUUUUCCUAUGUGGAGCAGAAGUUGAGGCAAAGGUUUGGUUCGUGGAAUAAGAGGCUGCUAUCUAUGGCAGGUAAGGAGAUACUGCUCAAGAGCGUGGCACAAGCUAUGCCUACGUACACUAUGAGUAUUUUUCUGCUACCUAUAUCUUUAUGUGCUUCUUUGGAAAGACUGAUGAAUAGGUACUGGUGGGAAAAGAGUACUACAGUGGAUGGUAUUCAUUGGAUGGCCUGGGAUAGAAUGUGUGUGCCCAAGAAGUACGGUGGUAUGGGUUUUAAGAAGCUGCAUGAGUUUAACUUGACACUUUUAGGGAAACAAGCUUGUCGUCUGUUAACAAAGCCGGAUUCUUUAAUGGCCAGAAUUUUAAGGCAAGGUACUAUCAUGAUUCCACGUUUUAUGAGGCCACCUUAG